GUGUGGUCUGCACCAAUGGUUUAAACAUACCAAAGCCUGAAUGCUGACACACACAUUCACUCGAAUACACUGAAGCUCUUUCACUCUUCAUCUGUUCUGGUAUUUGCCCCCACUUUAACUCACGGCAAACAACAUCUACAAGGACUUCUCAGUUUCUUGCAAACUUCCUGACUGACAAGCUGUUAGAAAAGAUGUCUCUGCCAUUGUCAGUGCUGAUAUGCCUGUCAGUCUUCCAGCUCUGUGUGGGAGAUAUACCUUUGGAGGAAGUCAUUUCAACCAAAAAAGUACGUCUUUUGGGUGGCUGGUCUGACAACAAGCCUGAAGCAGAAGAUGUUCAGAAAGCCACUCGACAUGCAGUGGAAAUGUUCAACACACACUCCAAGACCAAGAGGAUGUUCAAACUGGUAUCAGUUAGCAACGCUAAAACCCAGGUAACCAAUAUGAUUAACUUUAAGAUUGAUGCAAUCCUUGGAAAAACCCAAUGCCUCAAGUCUGAAAAUCAUGACUUGGAGAGCUGCAAAGUGGCAAAAACUCAGCUGAAGUGCCACUUUAGAGUGACUUUCAACCCACGCAACAGCAAGUAUGAGCUGCAGAACAAAAAAUGCAGCAAGGUUAUGAAGAAGGUUUAAUUCAUUUUGAUGCACUAAACAUGUUCUUAUAGCCUCACAUUCAUAAAAUUGUGACUGGUUUUAAUUAACUUUUAAUACACACCAUGAACAUUGUUUGCUCUUUCCGCUUUUGCACCUGAUUUCAUGGUAAAAAGUAAAACUGGAUGCAGAUUAGAAGUCAUUUGGAAGGAAAAUGAAUAAAUCAAAUACAUUUAGCAUAAGAAACAUUUGCUUAAAAUUGUUUCAACGACUUUGGAUUUUGGAAUUAUCUUUUUGUGACUGUGUCUAAUAAAUAAUUUUUGCUCGUUA